AUGAAAUUUCCCUUGGGUCACGAGGACGCUAUAAAGACCAGACCCCAUCAGUCACUCACAGCCCAGAAAUAAUGGACCCGUCGGAACUGCAGCCUUUUUUGAAACCAGAAGCGGCGCUGACAGAGGCCUUGGUGCUUUUGGCUCAUGAUGACUGGGAGAAGAAAAUUGAAGGUCUGAUCUUUGUUAGGCGUUUGUCUGCUUACCAUGCAACCAUUCUGAAGGCAAAGCUACAUGAAACAAGUUUGGCGGUGGCCCAAGAGGUCAAGAAUUUACGCUCAGGUGUUUCUCGAGCUGCUGUGGUCUGUUUAGGGGAUUUGUUCACCUACCUGAAAAAGAGCAUGGAUCAAGAACUAGAUAAUACAGUAAAAGUGCUUUUGCACAAAGCUGGUGAAUCGAACACUUUCAUAAGGGAAGAGGUAGACAAAGCACUGAAGGCUAUGGUCAAUAACGUGACUCCAGCACGUGCACUUUGUUCUCUUAUAAAUGGAGGGCAAAGCCACCUGCACUCGGCGGUGAGGAGAUGCACAGCCCAGCACCUCUCGGACCUUGUAGACCGCAUGGGACCGGAGCGCGUUCUGUGCAGAACCAAAGUGGCGGCCGAUCGGCUCUUCCCUGCGAUCGCCAGGUUUGCACAGGACAGCUCACAACAGACGAGGUAUUACGGUCGGAAGAUGCUUUUCACUAUGAUGACUCAUCCCGAUUUUGAUAAAAUGCUUGAAAAGUACGUGCCAGCCAAGGAUUUGCCUUACGUUAAGGAGUCUGUUAGCAAUCUGCACGAAAAGGGUUUGGGGGAAACACCAGUAGACACGCCCUCAGCAAGAGGAAGACGUCCCCAUACUUGCAACGUAGGACAUUCGAGGUCGUCAUCUACUUCCAGAGGUGCUCUCAAUGUCGCUGACAGAGAGACUACAGAAGCCCAUGAAGUCACAAGAAAGCCAGCUCCUCGUAAUUUGCUAGAAAAUGAAGAAUACGUUAAAGACAUUAUAGGUUUAUUGAAUGCAAAAGACUUCCGUGAUCGAAUAAAUGGCAUUAGGCAGCUGCUGUCAGAUACCGAGAACAAUCAAGGCUUUGUCGUUGCAAACCUUGUGAAGAUCUUUGAUGCUUUCAAGUCUCGCUUAAAUGAUUCAAACAGCAAAGUAAAUCAGGUUGCUUUGGAGACAAUGCAGAAGAUGAUUCCGUUGCUGAAAGACAAUUUAUCACCCGUGAUCAACAUGUUAAUUCCUGCCAUGGUGGACAACAACCUCAACUCCAAAAAUCCUGGGAUUUAUGCAGCUGCCACAAACGUUAUUCAGGCUCUAUGUCAACAUUUAGACAACUAUUUGCUCCUCCAGCCGUUCUGCACAAAAGCUCAGUUUCUGAAUGGAAAAGCAAAACAAGACAUGACAGAAAAGCUCGCUGACCUCGUUACGGAGUUAUACCCCCGGACGCCUAACGCUGUGGAGCAGAAGGUCCUGGUGGUGCUUUGGCACCUGCUGGGCAGCAUGACGCCCGGCGGCUCUCUGCCUGGAGCCGGCGGCAACAUCCGCGUGGCCACCGCCAAGUUAUCCAGAGCGCUUUUCGCACAGAUGGGCCAGAGCCUCUUGGCGCACGCCGCCUCUCAGCCGCCGCACAUCAAGAAAGGCUUAGAAGAGUUUUUGGAGACGGCGACCUAA